CUCUCUACCGGAGAUCAUCGUCAACAUUGUCGUCUGUUGUAGUAUCCGGUGUACCGGUGCAUUUACCACCUGUUGUGUUGUUCAUUGAGAAUCACUUGCGCCCUUGUUUUAAGCAGGUGUACUUAACGACGAACUUUUUGAACUCAUUCGGCCAACGAAAAUGGGAAAAUAUCAAGAGAGACUGAAUGCUCUCAUUGUGAAGCUACACGAAAUCAAUGUUCUUAAGUUUGGUGAUUAUAAAAUGAAAAUUGGUGUGAAUUCACCUGUGUACUUUGACUUGCGUAUUAUUGUAUCAUAUCCUAAAGUUUUGGCUGAAUUAUCAGACUUAAUAUGUGAAUUUGCCCAAGAAUCUUUGAAGAACUGUGACCAUGUCUGUGGAGUGCCAUAUGCAGCAUUGUCAAUUGCCACCUUAGUUGCUGUAGGCUCUGAUCGAUCUAUGCUGGUUCGUCGAAAGGAGGCCAAGGACUAUGGAACACGCAGAAUGGUAGAGGGCUGUUACAAAAAUGGUGAUACCUGUGUUAUUGUCGAAGAUGUGGUUACCAGUGGCUUAAGCAUAUUGGAGACAGUUGGGGAUUUAAAACGUGAAGGAUUGAAUGUCUCAGAGUCAAUUGUGGUGGUAGAUCGUGAGCAAGGUGGAGCAGAACACCUGGCUUCUCUGGGCAUUAAGAUGCGCAGUCUUGCCACUUUAACUGAGAUAAUGUAUAUUCUACGAGAUGCUGGAAAAGUGAAUGAUGAGACUGUUGAGAAAGUGAAGGCAUAUCUGAAACAAAGUCGUGUUACCAUUCCUUCUGACAGAGUUCCAACUUCUCUUGCAACCAAGAAGAUUGCAGAUGAAAGACUGAAGACAACUUUUGAAGCAAGAGCUGAAAAAUCAUCAAAUGCUAUGUCUGCUAAAAUUCUACGACUGAUUGCUUCUAAGCAAACCACUUUGUGUGUUGCUGCUGAUGUGAGCAAUGCUGAUAAGGUGCUAGAACUGGCAAAUGCUGUUGGUCCAUACAUUUGUAUCUUUAAGACACAUGUUGAUGCUCUCUCAGACUUUUCAAAGAAAUUUGCUCAGGAGUUGCAGCAACUUGCCAAAGUUCAUAAUUUUUUGAUAAUGGAGGAUAGAAAAUUUGGAGAUAUUGGCCACACUGCCAGUUUGCAGUAUGGAGCUGGGUGUUUUCAAAUUGCUGAUUGGGCUGAUCUAGUGACAGUUCAUGCUAUCCCUGGACCUGGUAUCAUUGAUGGUUUAAUAAAUUGCCUCGAGAACAGCAAAUCACAACUUAAGGAUCGAGCAUGUUUUAUUGUUGCUGAAAUGAGUAGCAAAGAUACUUUGGCUACUGGGUCUUACCAGUCAGCUGCAAUAAAGUUGGCAGAGUCCAGGGAAGAUUUUGUGGCAGGAAUAGUGAGUCAGUCUGCAUCUGGUAUAUCAUUACCAGGGCUUGUUCAACUCACACCUGGGGUCCGUACCAGUUCUUCACAAAAUGGGAAAGAUAAAAAUGGUACAUCUGGAUCCGGUGGAGAUGGCCUAGGUCAGCAGUACAACUCGCCUGAUCAUGUUGUUCUUGAGAGAGGUGCAGACGUAGCUGUUGUAGGGAGAGGAAUAACAGAAGCAGAUAAUCCAUCUGAUGCUGCUAAGUUGUAUCGUGACCUCCUUUGGAAAGCAUAUGAGCAGCGGGUUGCAGUUUGAUAUCAAUAGUACCCUACUACUUCUCUUCAGUAUUUAAUUACAAUGUUACAUAAUUACUUGUAGAUUAUGAUCUAAAUUCUGUUUUAACUGUUAAAUCAACUUGUGAUGCUGUAGAAAAUCGUAAGUUUCCUGUCAUAAGUAGAUCAAAUUUUAUUUUUGUAUCCAUAGAUGUAGGGUUAUUGGUUACAUUUAGGGUAACAUAGUUUGCCUUAUCAGACUAAAAAUGAAUUUUAUAAGAAAUGUACUUUCUUUUAUGUCUUGUAAUAACAUAAAUAUAUGACUGCAUUCAA